AUGACUCCUCUGCCAAACCGCGUCCCCCUAACCACCAUCCUUUCCCUCCUCGCUUUCUUGACAACAACCACUCCAACCCUCGCCUCUCAAAAGUCCCAGCAUCCCCUAACCUCUUCUAACCCCAGCUCCACCACCGUCUCCAAGCCCGAUCUAAACUGGCACAACACCCCCGGCCUCCCCUUUAUCAUCAACACCUGGGGCGGGAUCUUCACCUCCGCCACCGAUUCGGCCUUCCUGAACCUCACCUCCCCACCACCUCCAGACUCCAAUCCCCGUCUAGAUGUCAUCAAUGCCAUCGUAGCCGGCUGUUCCACAUGCGAACGUCUCCAAUGCGACGGCACCGUCGGCCAUGGCGGCUCGCCCGACGAAAACUGCGAAACCACGCUAGAUGCGCUGCUCAUGGACGGAGACACGCUGGACUCGGGCGCGGUGGCCAAUUUGCGGCGGGUACGAGACGCGAUUGCCGUUGCGAAGCGGGUGUUGCUGUAUACAAGACAUUCGCUCCUGACGGGCGAUCAGGCGACGGAGUUUGCGAGGGAGAACGGGUUUACGGAAGAGGAUUUGGGGACGGAGGAGUCGAGGGGGGUUUGUGAGGACUGGAAGAGGGAAGGGUGUAAAAAGGGGUCGUACAGGAGGAAUGUGGUUGUGGUUGAAGGGAAGGGUGAAGGGGAGGGAGGAGGGUGUGGGCCUUUUGUGCCGGUUCCGGAAAAGGACUUGGGGGUUGAUGGGGGUCUUGGAGAGUCUAAUAACCAAUUUGGGGAGAAGAGGGGUGGGCAUGAUACUAUAUCUAUGAUUGCGAUUGGGAAGAAUGGGAGGAUGGCCGCUGGGUCUUCGACAAAUGGUGCAUCACACAAGAUCCCGGGGAGGGUUGGCGAUGGACCGAUUGUGGGUAGCGGUGCCUGUGGAAAGCUUGAGAAGGGGUAUGACCCCGACAGAGGCGGCUGA